AUGAUCGAAGACGAAAUAUACCGGUCAUCCUCUCAGUUCCGACUGUGGUCCUUCACCGAAGCAUCGCUGAAGCAAUUACGAGCAACCACCAACUCCGUCGCGAGUGACCGAGUGCGAGCAGCUCUACGAAGAGCACAAGAGGCUCGAAGAUCAGCCACCUCCUCCACGACAGGGACACCGGCCCCCGGAAGCGAUGCGGAGAACAAGGCAACGGAAGAGAAACAAAUCGAGUGCUUGACACCCGAAGAAGAGCAGCAAGUCGUGGACUACUACUCCGAACAAAUCAUACAACUAGGGGAGAACUACAAGCCACCACUUCCCACCAUCGUGAGAGCCACCGCAAUCCAAUACCUCCGCCGCUUCUACCUCACCAACUCCCCGAUGACCUACCACCCCAAACAAAUCAUGCCGUGCGCCCUCUUCCUCGCCACCAAAACCGACAACUACUACCUCUCCCUACGGCAAUUCGCCGAAGGCGUUCCCGGCCAA